AUGAUGCUGGCAGCUCUCCUCUUUCUGCUCUCCCUCACAGGUGGAAGUGUCUCAAAUCAUUCAGCGCCACCAGAACUUCUUGAUGAUCAACAGGAAUCCAAUAACAGCUUUGAGGAAAGUAACUGCACUGAUCGGGAUGUUUAUAGGAGCUUGAACAUCAACAAAUCUACCAUGAUUCGGCCUGGUAGAUAUGGAUCACCCACAAAAGUAAAACUGGAUGUUCUAUACGCUGCCAUUAUCGAAGUGAACGAGAAGGACCAGAAAUUUGUUUCCUCUCUUUGGAUUACUAUGAGGUGGUACGAUGAAUCCCUUAGUUGGCAAGGCUGGAAGUUCUGUGGUAUAUACGGAAUUUCUCUUUCUAAUACAUUAGUGUGGAAGCCAGAUCUUUUAAUUGAAGAGAUGAUAAAGAUGGACCAUACCCUGAAGAGUUCUUAUAUCUGGCUUGACUGGGACGGUGAAAUCUAUCAAAGUAUGAGCGUGGUGGUGACCAGCGCCUGCAAGAUGGAAGUUUACAAAUUUCCCUUCGAUGUUCAGAGUUGCAACCUGUCUUUCAAAUCUAUCACACACAGUGCCAGGCAUCUGACGUUUACGCUUUAUAAUGACCCCAAUCGGACCAAAGAAUGGACGAAGGAGAUGAUGGAGACAGGGUCAGAGUGGCUGUUUCAAGACUUUAAAACUGAUAACAAAACUCGGGACAAGUUUGGUUUAUAUCGAAGCAUGGUGGUUUACACUAUCAUCAUGAAGAGGCGAUCUGUCCUCUAUGUCGCCAACUUCUUGCUGCCCGUGUUGUUCUUCUUCUGUCUGGACUUGGCCUCCUUCCUGAUCUCAGACAGUGGGGGAGAGAAGCUCAGCUUCAAGGUCACUGUGCUGCUCGCUGUAACUGUGAUGCAGCUUAUUCUCAAUGAGAUUCUGCCCUCCACUUCAGACAGCGUUCCACUUAUAGCUAUCUACUGCAUUGGGAUGUUUGGUUUGAUGAUGAUCAGCCUCUUUGAGACUAUAUUGGUGAUAUAUCUGAUUGAGAAAGACAACGAGGCUGAUGAAGACCAAAUACCAAAGAGUGAGGAUUGUGAAGAUAAACGGAGCAAAGUCAGCUGCUGUUCUAAAAAGCUGAAGAAAUGGACUCACUGUGCUCGUGUUUGUGAUGUGUCUGUUGAUGAACCUCCAUCUGAACUGCUGUCAGCAACCAAAGAGGGCAGCAGCAGAGAACUGACGGAGGAGUCCGUUGCCUUGGAGAAGCUCUCAGAUGAGAUGAAGGAGGUGAUUCAGCUCCUUAACAGCAGGGAGGAAGCAGGAAAGAUCGGCUACUGGACCAGAGUGGCUAAAACAAUCAACAAAGUUUUCGUAAUUUUGUAUGUCACAGUGGCCAUUGUGUUCUUAGUUGUUAUGUUUUCAUUAUGGAACAGUUAAAUAGACAAGUAGUGUUAAAGCUUAAAAAGCAUGUUUAAGACAUCUUUCCAUUUGACAUGGACUUUAACAGAUCUGAAGUCUGUGUUCACGCCUGUAGUUCAGUUCCAUCGCUCUGGACAAAAGAAAAAAAAAUCCAUCAUUUCACGUAAUAUAAGCCAUUUUCAGAGACUUUAUACUGACUUAUUAUAAACCAACUACAUGGAGCCACAGGCAAACAUGAACAAAAAUGUUGUUAUUUUAAACUAGGCAAACACUUUGCAUGGUCAUUCAUCAUCUACGUUAUGUUAAGUCACAUUAAACAUUUUAGUCUUCCUGCAGGGCUAUGACUUGUAUGCUCACACCGAUCAAUUAGGCUGCCAUGGUGUUCAAACAUAAGCAAGGAGUCCCCUUUUUGAUCUGUUUGGUGAUAAUUUAACUGAGUUAACUGAUGACUGUAGAUGACUGUAUUCUCAACAAUAUUGGCAAAAAAAGUUAGCCAGCAUACGUUUGUGUGAUUCUGCUUUGAACAUAACAUGCUUGAUUCUGCAUGGAAGUUCAGAUAUACAGUAUGUAAUCCUUCAGUAGUGUUUGUUGUAUGUUCUGCACACGGCCAGACGUCUAACACAUAGUCUAUAUUAACCCAUUAGACCAGUCUGGUUGUAUUAUAAAGUUCUAGUAAUAUAUGCCUUUGAUAUGUAAUAUGCACAAUUGUGUUUAAUUAGUCCAUCAUAUAUGUUAAAGAAAUUUCUAUAUCAUGUCACAGGUACUCUUCUUAAUUCAGUGUUACAACAUUCUUUAACAACAUACAUAAUGAAAUAUAUUUUAAAAAAUGUAAGAGUUGCUUUUUAAAGAUUCAUAUCAAGUUGUCUUCUGUAGAAAUACAAUGUAGUUGCCUUCAGUGCUUUUGUUUGCUCAUCCAUGAUACUAAGCAUAUAUAAUAUUUUAUAAAUGUUCAUUAUCUGAAGACAUGUAAAGGUAUUUUUUCUUUUAUGCUUUAAGUAAUUUCAUGUUGUCUUUUUAUGUUUGUAUUUUUUCACAUCUACAGUAAAUCUAAAUCUGCCGGUUGUUAAGCUACAUUAUGUAUACACAUUAAAGAAUAAAAGUCAUCUAGUUCUGAAAA